UUCGCUUUGUUUACAAAACUAACUCAACAAUGAAUGACAAAGAGUCUAUUUUGAAAGAUUUGAGAAGACGUGUAUCAGCAUUGCAAGCAUUUGGUGGCAAUAAUGAGCUAUACUCUAUUGUUGUACCCCUCAUGCAGAAAGAUAUGACAAUAUUAAAAUGCCGUGAGCAUAUAUCGGCUUAUGAAGAGAACCAUUUGUUCUACUUUGCAUUGUUUAAACCGCAAAUAGAAAAUCCGAAAGAAAGUUGGAUUGAAAACGCCAAAAGAGAUAUAAGACGCAUAAGGAAAAAUGCAGUUGCUCCAUCAUUGCGUGAAUGUUAUGCAGUGAGCGAGGUUAUCUCCAGAAGCGUCGUAUUAAUCUAUGAAUGUGAAGAAGAAGGAUUCAUGGGGAUAGAAAUUGAACCUGUGAUCCGUGAGAAGGACGAUGCAAAUGACCCACCAUUGAUACUUUUCUUACGAUUUGACAGAGAAAAUGUCCACUUCAUACGGUGUGAUGAAAACAUCGAUCGUUAUAUAGACUGUGGUUUAAAAAUUACAAAUAGAAAACAUUCAAAAUGUGUUGACAAAAGGUUUCGCAACAACUUUGAAACUUUAACACAUUUUCUACUAACAAAAGAUAAAAGAUUCUUAUCUUUUUCAACAUCAAGCUAUUCAGAUGUUUCUUCAGUAGAAAUAACCAAUAUGUAUGAUCUUUUUGCUCAGAUUAUUUACGGAACUCCAAAACAAGAGAAGGAUGUUAAGGAAUUCCUAAAAGCACACGUAGAAACUGAAGAUUUUAUACAAGUUUACAUGCAACUUGUAAAUGUUGAAGAAAAUAUUUCAGAGAACAUUCAGAAGAACGAAAAGAAUGCAGAAACGCUUGGGAAACAGUUAUCAAAAGAUGCGUUCAGGAAACAAUUGACUGAUUGGAAAUCAGCAAAAACAGUACAUUUAUUUGCACUAGCAAGUAUUUUUAAUGCUGCGAUUUAUGUUGUUUCUCCAAGAGAUGUUUCAGGCAGAGAAGAGUCAAAUUUGUAUCUUCCAAUUUGCAGUAGUUACUUGUAUACAUUUGAAUCUCCUUUGGUUUUCAAAAGCAGCAAAGAAAGUCCAUCGUUUAAAAUAAACCUCAAAGAAGAAUGUCUAUGCCGUCAAAAAACUCCAGAAAUCAUUGGGCAGUUCCCCAUAGCCAACAACACAAUAGAUCUUGAUCGAAUUCGAUCGCUGGAAUUAAUGCCUUGUUGUCCACCCUCUAGUCGUCAUGGGCUUCAUCAACAUUACAAACACAUACUGGAAAAGAACAAGUUGAUCUAUCAGAGAGAUGAUACACCAUGGCCUGGAGAGCUAUCUGAUGACUACAAACAUAUCAACGACAUUUUAGCAGAAGAAGGGAGGCAUUUAGAGCUAUUGCUUGGCGGAAAAGGAACACUAGCAAAAUGCAUAAGCAAAGAUGUAUUUGGAAAUGAAGACGUAGAAUUACCCAUGAGUUUUCCGGAGAACAAUUUCGAACGGUCUCUUCAGAUAGCAGCUGACUGGACGGGGUUUCCAAUAUACAUUUUUCAAAACUCCAAGGAAAAUUUCAGUUGGGAGAUUAAAACUCCAACGACCUAUGUCAAAGCCAAAAAUUGCCGAUACUUUAUAACAUUAUUCGUCCAGAAGAAAAAUGGAAGAGAAUAUGUUGAUCGAAUCAUUUCAAAAACUGGAUGUAACUGUAUGUUGGCCCCUCCAUAUGUUGCCAAAAAAGUCGAUGAUGAGGUCGGUAGAAAUAGAAAAAACAAACGACAUCGGCCGCUUAUUACGUUUUUCCCAGUAAACCCUCCUGAAAACUGGUUUUGUGAUGAUGUACGUAGGGAAAUGAACAUAAUUCCCAUAUAUUCUGAGCUUCGUCUUGUCAUGGAAAGAACUGACAUGGAAGACCGUAUGAUAGACACGAUUUCCGACUACACACAUUCCUUGUAUCGAUGCAUGAGCAAAGAUAUAUUUGGCAGUGAAGAACAAUACCAAACAAUCAUGCAGGAAGUAACAGCAGAAAUAAAAGAAAAUCCAAACAUAUAUGGUCCCCUUCUAAUUGCAGAGAAAGAAAGUGCUGAUAGAGAGUCUUUGAAAAACUUCAAAUACCGAGACCAUAAAGUUUUGGAUGCUUUUAGAUUUCGUGAUACAAUACUUAAAGAGUCUGCGACUUUCUUCACUGAGAGAAUUGAAGACGGGAUGACAUUACAGGAUCUAGAACUGAUCGCAGCAGCAACGUGUUUCCAAGUACCAAUAUAUGUUCUGAGUGCUAGCAUACAUGAAGACAGAAUUGAAACAGAAUGGAAGCUCUAUAGUCAAAUCAGAAGACGAAAACAGCCUAAAGAUUUUCUGAGAAGACGACAAUAUUUAGCUCAUAUAGAUGCCGUUUACAAAUGCCUAUUUGAUGCUGAAAAUGUUUCAAAGUUUCACAUUACUCUCUUCAGGACCUUUUCAGGACAAUUUCACAGAAUUGCAGCCAGGUACAGAGUAUGUAACUGUUUGAUGGACCCACCAGUGGCUUUUGUACCGCAAAAACAUAAACAUGAUAAUCAAUCAGACUUUAGGAUAUUCUACGACACAAACCUUGCUAAAUCUACACUAACUACCGCAAAAUUGGCACUGGAUAUGUGGAUGAGAUGCAACAUGGCUUUAGAAAUUCUGUGUAGCGAAAUUAUUGAUGAAUUAGAGGGACGGAGACGAAAUGUAAAUAUUUCAACUAUUGUGGGGUCUUCAGUAGGCAUUGCAGGAUCAGCACUUGCCAUUGCAGGAGUUAUUGUCGCUCCAUUUACAGCGGGAGUGUCCCUUGGUUUGACAGUUGGUGGAGCUGUUAUUGGUUCUGUAAGUGGUGUAACUGUCGUGGGAUCAACAGUAACUGAAGUAGUGUUAAAUAGGGAUGCAAAUGCAAAGUUUCAGCGCUAUUACAUGAAUUUUCGCGAACGAUCUAGAGUCUUGGAAGAUUCCUUGAAAAAACUCCAAAAAUUAAUUCAGGUUAUACAGGAACGGACAAUGCAUACAGACGAUGCAAACGGGGUUGAUGCAACAGCACUUCAAGUUGCAGCUGGAACAUUGUCUAUGAUCAGCGGUAUACCUAUAGCAGUUGCACGCGUAGUCCUAAGCGCUGCUUCAUUUGCCGAUAUUGUACUGCCUCCUUUAACAGCUGUUCUCGAUGUAGGUUUCCUAGUUUAUAGUGUUUACAAUCUAGUAAAGGGAUCAAAGACAAAUGUCACAGAGAAACUGCGGUCUUUUCGAUCCGUUCUGAGAGCAUCAAGAAUCCAGCUGAGGAUUAUGGCGUACGGAAACAAGAUCAAAUAUUUGCAAAAUCCGUCUAAUAAGAAGUGAAACGUAAUUGUUAUAUUUUCAUGAAAAUGCAUAGGUAUAAUUGACAUCGUCGUUUAUAAAACGCUAAGCAUUUUAUAGACUUUGCAUCCGCAGUUUGAUUACACUAAAAGUUAUUUGUCUCUGCUAUUCUAAUAUUGUAUUUUAGUUUGAUAAAUGUUUAUUAUUUACAGUUGUCUCUUUAUUAAUAUUUUUCAUUUACACUUCAAAUCUACGGAAUCAUUUUGCAAAAAGCUUUAAUUUACUGGUAUUCCAUCACUUAAUCUUCAUUGCCAAAUUCUGUAUAGCCAAUAUCCCUGACCAUAUUGUGUCUAUCACUCAUAAAGCGAAUUUAUUUAUAAAAUUGACAUGUUCAGUAAGUUAUUUGAACAUUUAAUUUUAAUUUGACCACGUACGGACAACAAUUAUUAACACCACUAGCGCCAAACGAUGAUUCCUUAUUUCAUGUACUUACAUAAAUACCUAUAAAAAUAUUUUUACUUCCACGUAAAAUUCAGAUUAAUUCAAAUUCUUUCAAAUUUUCUAACAUCCAAAUCCCGCAUGCACCCCAGCAGUGUGCGUAAUUAUGUUAAUUUAUUGUGUAGAAUGUGUAGUACAAGACAAGUGCGAUACACGUCACUUUUAUCCUUUUUGUCAA